AUGGCCCAAGCCGCAGCGCCCGUGGUGUCCCCCGUGACCGCUACCUUCCAGACCUUCUUGUCCGAUCCCGUCUUUGCCACCUAUGUCCUUUGCGUUGUCAUCUUGACCGUGAAGAUGCUUGUGGUCUCGUUCAACGUGACGCGUCUUCGCCUCUCGCUGAAGGCCUUCAAGUACGAGGAGGACUACGUCAAGGCACCCAAGGAGAAGGCCAAGGAGCUGCUGACCAAGACCGCCAACCACCCGCGCAUCACCCGCGCCUAUGGCCUCCACACCAACGACAUGGAGAACAUCUACGUCUUCUACACCAUCGGUCUGCUGUUCGCUCUGACCUCGCCGUCGGUGUUCUACGCCAAGGCUCUGCUGUGGACGUACACCGGCGCGCGUGUGCUGCACACCGUGUUCUACCUGGCCAGCGUGCAGCCGUGGCGCGCGGUGAGCUACCUGGUCCAUGUUGUGGCGCAGGUGCUCAUGCUCGUGCACAUCGGCAGCACCGUCCUCACCUACCUGUGA